AGGAAAAUUCUCAACAUAUUCCAUGUGUUAACGUAAAAGAAAAUCUUCAUUAUGGAGUGAAAUUCAUAUCAUUAAAAGUUACAGCUAAAACACGCCCUCGUUUUCGCUCUUACCUCAGACAAAUUCCAUUUGCUUAAAGGGGUCGGGACAGAGCAGACGAAAAGGCAGCAGACAGACAGGAGGCGGGGGGGAGGAGGGAGAACAGCCAAGAGAACAGCAGCGAGAGGAACGCCCGCGCGCGCAGGCGGGACCUCUCGUAGCGCGGGAGGCGCGCGCUCCCCAGAAAAGAGGCUCGAGGUGAGCGGGACCGCCGCACCUGCUCGGACACCUGCUCGCUCAUCAACAAGUGCAACCAGAGGCGAAAGGAGCGAUGUUUGAAGACAUGGACACAUUUUCUUUAUUGUGAGGAACUUUACUGACGUUUAAGUCACUUGAUGUGUGGAUUCCAUCGUCGCCUGCCUGGCUUUCUGAAGGUUUCAGCAUCCUCAUAAUAAACGUGAGAUUACAGGUUGCAGCUCAAAGAUGUUGAGCGAGCGGCUCCGUAUUUGGAUGAGUUCUUUUGAAAUAUAUUUCAAGAGACUGUAUAUAAGUCCUUGGAAUCAAUUUUAAUGGAUUACCUUCAGAGAUUUCCACAUGUGUCUGUGAACAAACUGAUCGUUCUGGCACUUUGAGCUCUGGAUUUGUGAUUAUCGUCACAAAAACAGAUUGGGACAUGAUUGCUUAUGCCUGACAGGACUUGUGAGAGGACACUGCUGAAUAUGCAGGACUCGGCUGGAGUCGGAAUUACCAGGAAAUCCCUGAUGAUCGGUGUCCGGUUAUGGGUCUUAAUGUGUGGGAUGUUUUCUGCAAACACGUCGGUCAUGGCUUGUCCCUCGAGUUGUCACUGUAUAGAGAAAAAUGGCUUGACGGUUGUCCAGUGCAUGUCCCGCAACUUGGAAAAGAUUCCACCAGAUCUUCCUAGAGACACCGUAGUCCUGCUUUUGGCAGCCAACCACAUCACCCACAUUCCCAACCACGCCUUCAGAGAACUGCACUACCUGCAGGAGCUGGACCUAUCCAGCAAUGACAUUGAGACUGUGGACCCUGGAGCAUUUCAAGGUGUCUCUGACAGCCUCCUCAUGUUGGAUCUAUCAAAUAAUCACAUCCAAAGUGUACCCAAAGAGGCUUUUGCUCGCCUUAGGGCGAAGAUCAGCCUCUCCAACAACCCUUGGCACUGUGAGUGUACACUGCAGGAGGUUCUGAGGGAGCUGCGGCUGGACCCCGAAACGGUCAAUGAGGUGAUUUGCCACACGGCUGUGCAGGAGGAGUACGCCGGAAAACCAGUCAUCCACGUGCUGGACUCAGGGAUCAACUUCUGCAACUUUCACCACAAAACCACCGACGUAGCCAUGUUCGUCACCAUGUUCGGCUGGUUCACCAUGGUGAUCGCAUAUGUCAUCUACUACGUGCGACACAAUCAGGAGGACGCCAGGAGACACCUGGAGUACCUCAAGUCCCUGCCCAGCAACUCGCAGAUUAGCAAGGACUUCGACACCAUCAGCACGGUUCUUUAGCAGGCCUGUGCUGUGUGUGUCUGAUGUAAAUAUCAAAACGGUGUGUGGAUGAGGGGUUGUAAAACAAAUGUUUUCAAGCACAAAGUUAUGUAAAUAAUGAUUUCAGAAUUUUUUUAGUUCAAAAAUAAUUUAUUUUGUACUUUGGAGAAAUGUAUAUUUUUGGGGGGGUCGUGUAUGCGCAUUAAAGGUCCAGUAGCCACAGA